GGGAAACUCCAACGGUCCUGGGCUUAAUUGAGAAUCCACGGGCCUUUUUGUAAGGUAUUUGCCAGUAAUUUUCUUUUUCUUUUUAAAAUUUAUUUUUUUUUCCCUCGUACUACCGGAACUUCUUUCUCAAUCAGGUAUCCUCUUAAGUCCUCAAUCAUCUGUCUGAGCAAGCCCGUUAUCACCAGCGCCGCCCCGAGGGGAAGUAUUCCCUACCCUCGUUUGACGUCGCUGGAUUGAGGCUCUAGCUGAGAUUACCUAUUAUUUCCGAUCGAUUUCAAUUACGUCGACCCCAUCUGCUUGCUCCAUACUACCACCUACCUGGGUCGUCGUUUUAUUACAAGAAGAAAAACCAUCUUUUUAAGGGUCUUACUCGGGCACGAUGGACGCUCGGCCCGGUAGUUACCAGACAAGUGUCUUUCGCGCGCAGCCAACAGAGGGACUCCAACGCAAGAUUCAAAAACGCAAUCGUCCCCCUGUGUCCUGUCUGCUUUGUCGGACACGCAAGGUCAAAUGCGACCGUCAACAGCCUUGUGAGAGAUGCGUCAAGAGCGGCGAGGCCAAUUUUUGCGAGUAUGCACCUCGUGCUUCUCGCAAGUCGCGCUCGGAUUCGCGGCCGCAAGUGGAUACCCGGGCCAGGCAUGAGCCCAUGUCUCGCCCCGUAUUGCAGGUCCGUCUUCAGAAACUUGAAGAAAUGGUUAAUGGUCUGGUUUGCACCGCGCGUAAUCGGGACGUCAACCUCGAUACCCCUUCAAGUUCGGACCAGCGAACGGAAACUAAUGAGAGUCGCUCCGAUUUGAGCUCACCACCUAGCUUGGCACCCUCGGCAGGACAGCUUCAUACCACGCUUGGUGAUCAUAGUUAUGUUGGCGCUACGCACUGGGCAUCUAUCCUUGAGAGCAUUCACGAUAUUCAAGGGAUUCUUCAAAAUGAAUCAGAUGGUCCUCCUACUCCAUCACCGCCACCGGAGCAAUCGAGUCCGGACAGUGCGGAUCUCGUCUUUGGCAAGGUUCAACCCAUAACCCUUCAACAAGCCAUCACGCGAUUGCCGCCUAAGAAUAAAACUGAUGCGCUCAUAUUGGUUUACUUCCGCCACAAAUUUAUGACGGCUCCGUACAUCCACACUACUAAAUUUCAACGAGAGUAUGAUGCUUUCUGGGAGGAUCCAUCUUCUGCUAGCCUACUAUGGAUAAGUUGCCUUGCUUCCAUGCUAUGGGUUGCCGCAUCUAUCUCCAUCAUGAAGGGCGAAAGCGAAGAAUUUGAGGCGCAUCAACCUGAAAAACUGGCUGUGCUAGCAACUGAGUGCCUCGUAUCUGGAGAUUACUUGUCUGCAAAGCCUUAUUCUAUUGAAGCACUCCUUUUGCUCAGCUACACGGAGUUACAAAGAAACAGGGAUAUCGACUCCAGCUUAUGGGCUAAAUUCGGUCUCGUUGCUAGACUUGCUCAACGCAUGGGAUAUCAUAGAGACCCGAAGUAUCUAACCAACAUCUCCCCUUUCCAAGGCGAACUUCGUAGACGUGCCUUUUUCUUCAUUGAGGUAUUCGACGUCCUCUUCUCGUUCCAGCUAGGUAUGCCUCCGAUCAUUCGCGACGAUGAAUGCGAUACCGAAUCGCCUAGCAAUCUAUUUGAUUCCGAUUUUGACGAGAACGUGUUAUCUUUACCUCCCGCGCGACCGUCUACCGAGCCCACCCCCAUUCUAUACUUGAGUUACAAGUCGAAAUUAUGUCGAUUGUUACGCCGAGUAAUUCGUUUCGCAUUGUCACUCCAACCCCCUCCAUACGAAGAAAUCCUCAAGCUGGAUGACGAAAUCACCCAGUAUCAUGAUCAAGUACCACCUUCGCUACAAAUCAAACCUAUCCGCUCGUACAGUUUCACAGAUCAAACCUACGAUAUCAUGCAUCGUCUCAUGUUGGAAUUGAUGUAUCUUAAAAGCCUCUGUGUGCUGCAUCGGCCGUAUCUCAAUCGCGACAAGGACAAUCCUAGAUACGAUAAGUCGCGAAACAUCUGUCGUGAUGCGGCCCUUCGAAUCCUAGAUCUUCACGCCGAAUAUGAAGAGGAAAGUAGGCCGGGUGGUCGGAUACACGAAGAUAAAUACAUGCUGUCCGCCCUGACCCUGCAUGAUUUUCUGAUUGCAUCGAUGAUUAUCUGCCUCGAUCUCACGGAAAAUUUCCCGAGCACGUCGGCGGAUCGGUCAAGAAAAUUAAAGGCGCUAGGAACAUCUUUUAGAAUGUGGUCCGAUAGGAAGCACACGUCCAAGGAUGCGGCGCAUGCUACCCGGGUUGUGGGUAGUAUCCUUCGGAAAGUAUCAAUGCAAGAACCAGCUACCAAUCGUUCGCCGCCUCCGCCACCCAAACCCGACGUUCGGGACGGUUCCUUGGCCAGCUUGCUUAAUAACGAUUCCCAACCGAAUCCUGUUCCGUCCCCUGCUCCAUUCGAGCCUGUUAUUACCUUACCACCUUUCGAUUUCUCUUCGGAAUUCCUUAAUAAUCUACCACUCGACACUAUGCUAAAUGGCCAGAACACGGUCGAUUGGAGCGUGAUCGACCAAUUCCUUCUAGACAGACCAAACAGCGGAUUCAGAACCUUACCUUAAUGGCCUGAUACCACGGGCGUCAUACUUCAUUUUCAACAAUUCAAAAAUAUUAUCGCGCAGCUUUUUAGAUUUUUAUCGGCGACGGAUCUACGAAUUAAAUGUAACGGAGGGUUAACUAAAAAAGGGACAUUCGGAGUACCGGAUGUUAUAUCACGCGGCCGGCAUGUCUGCGAUCAUUAGAGUAUUUGCUUUGUUUUUCUUUUCCUUUGCGAAAUAUUUAUCGUCGUUGUUGUUCGCUACCCUGUAUAGAUACGCAACUCAGCUGAGGCUUUGAGAGCGAACGAACAGACGGACGAAUAUUUAACCAAUCAAUCAAUGCAUGAUAGGGGGCGUGGGCGUCGAGGCGCCUAGUCAGUAAAAAAUUAUGGCAGGGUAUUUGUUGUCCUAUUUUAUUUAAAUAGCGAAUGGUUUAAUGCGAAGAAUUAAAAUCAAUAUCUGCGAUUGUAUUUACUCCGUACUGCUGGUGGUGAAGCACUGCGUGUGCAUAGACGAAAUCCACCAAUCAAAAAAGUGCCAAUCGUAUGAGUAUAACGCGAGCUGAAUCGUCAUUUUCAAUCUGAUUCGACGGUGAU